UGCACAAACGCGCCAUGUCUCUUCGCCGGCGAUUUCGAACACAGUGUGGUCAACGUAAGAAUCGCCAGUCGAAAGGCAGAAGAACUGGAUCUUAGAGAGUGGGAUUUUGUUGCUUCGGGGGAGGGAGGUGGGGAGGUGAAUAGAUUGAAAGUACAAUGGCAGCAGCGAAGUUUCAAGCCAUAUGGAAUCAUCCCGCUGGUCUUAAAACAAUUCAUUUCUGGGCUCCAACCUUCAAAUGGGUUAUCAGCAUUGCUAAUAUUGCAGACUUCUCUAAGCCACCUGAGAAUAUCUCUUAUCCUCAUCAAAUCGUUGUUGCUUGCACCGGACUGAUCUGGUCACGCUACAGCCUGGUGAUUACACCGAGGAAUUUGAACCUUUUUUGCGUCAAUAUUGGAAUGGCUAGCACAGGUCUCUAUCAGCUCUCUCGCAAAGUCCGGCGAGACUACUUACCUGAUGUGAAGGAGGAGGAUGUGGAAGAAUGAUCAGUUUCUUCAGGAGCUCUUUUGGGAAUGAAUUAAAUAUCUGAAUGUUCCAUUUUUUUCUGAAAUGAUUUUUUUUUUAAAUUACUCUGCCCAAUAAAAUUUUGAUUGGACUGUAAAAUAUAUUUUAAUUUGUUUGCUGUUGUGAAUCUUGUGGUAGCAUUUACAUACAUA